AUGCUCGCCCGAUUCACAGCGUCCGCACCUCAGUUCUACGUCUUUCGAGAAUUCAGAUACUUGCAGUCUCGAACCUUGCUGCACUUGCAGGACGAACUCCGGGCUCUCGAAAAUCAGCUGUGGCGGAUGGACGAGAAAGAUAGGGUGAAUAAUCCACAGAGUCUACGGUGCCGAGAACUUGAUGACACAUCCAAUGGGAGGAGGAAGAUCAUGAUGGAACGGAUUCAACACAGGCUCGUACAGUAUGGCGAGCUUCUCUGCUUGUCAAGCAAGCUGGCCGCUCUUGAGAGGCCUUCUACAUUCGAGAGGACGAGCGUACUGAACUUCUUCCUCAGUAAUCAGCCGAUAGCCUCGCAGGAGAACUAUAUCGGCAACACGCCUGAUCUGGUUACUCUCAAGGCCUCCAGAGAUGAUGCUUGGCUCGACAGGCAAAUCUUGCAGCUGCUCGUCAAAACAAAUAAUCGAGUCCUAAGUCAGCUGAGGGCGAAGAAUGAUGGCCGCAUGGUGAUGUAUUCCUUAGCACGGAUCCACUUCUUGGUGAUGUCACUUCUGAUCCUGACUAUGUUAUUCUUGUUCUCGGCGCCUCUUGUGCCGUUGUAUGAGUGGUCUCAAGGUGGCAUCGACGGCAAGGUACUUGCCAAAAUGAUGGGCUUCCAAGUAGGGUGCACUCUCAUGUUCGGCGGCGUUCUCGCACUCUGCACUCGGGCAAAGAAACACGAAAUCUUCGGUGCUUGCGCUGCGUCAUCGUUGGCGCCAUCUCUGUUUUAG